CGCGCGGCGUUGCCGGGCAGCGGCGCGUCCCGGCGCUGCCGCCCGCCCUCCCGCCCGGUGAUGGCGGCGCCGCCGCGGCCGCGGUUCUUCACGCCGCGGGAGGUGGCGGCGCACGCGCGGCCCGGCGACCUCUGGGUCAGCUGCCUCGGCCGCGUGCUCGACCUCACCGCCCUGGUGCGGGAGCACCACGGGGAGCCCUGCCUGCGCCCCCUGCUGGAGGCGGCGGGGACCGACAUCAGCCACUGGUUCGACCCCCAGACCCACGACCUGCUGCAGCGGGUGGAGCCGCGCUCGGGGCUGCGGGUGCCGGGGGGGGGCCGCGGGCCGGGGGUGCCGCCGCCGACGCCCCGCUCGGACUGGGUGCCCCCCCGCGGCCCCCCCUGGUGGCGGGACCCCCGCUACGAGGUGGGGCGCCUGGGCCCCCCCCGCCGCCUCCGCCUCCUCAACGCCCUCACCGGGCAGCAGCACCUCCUCGAGGUGUGCGCGGAGGAGACGCUGGCGGAGGUGCUGGGCCGCUCGCUGCCCCUCAACGCCCACGCCGGCAGCUACAGCUGGCGCCGCCCGGGGGCCCCCGCCGCCCUGGAGCCGGGGGGGCGCCCGCUGCAGCCGGGGGGGGGCCCGGGGGGGCCCGACCUCGACCUCGACGCCGACCUCGACCCCCCGCCCCAGCCGCCCGCCCUCCUGCUCCACUUCAACGACGACUUCACCGAGCUCUAGCCGCCGAGCCCCCCCGGCGGCACCCCCCGCCCGCCACCUCCCCGUCCAGGCCACCGCUCCGAGGCGAAUCCCGGCGCUCCGGCUCCUUCCGGAUGAUUUUCCGAGGGGAAAUAAAGGCCGGUUCACUGCGCAGCA